AUGGACUCCUCCAGCCGCCGCCCGCUCUGCGAUGUGCUAGGGAUAGGGGACGACGACCUCGAAGAGGGCGAGUACGUCCCCGGCGAGUACCAGUCGUCCUCCGACACCGACGACGACGACCGCUUCGAUCAUCAGUCGUCCCGUCGCGAGGACGACGAGGUCCACCCGCAGCACGGCGGCCGCAUGCGCCGGCUGGAAGACAUCGUCGUGGUGGGACGGGUCGGCGCCGGCGCGCCCCUGCCGGCGUCGCCCACGCCUUCGUCCGAAUCUGAGGGGACAAUCAGCGACCACCGCAGCGCAUCAUCUGCAGGCGGCGUCGGCGCGCGGCCGGCGCGGAAGUUCGCCUGCCACGUCUGCGGCAAGGGGUUCAGCAGCCGCAAGGCAGUGGACGGCCACAUGAGGGUCCACGGGAGCGGGAGCAGGAGCGGGCGCCAUGUGGUGGCGACCGCGGCGGCGGCGUUCAGUGGCGGCUGGGCCGCCACCGGCAGGCGCGGCUCGACAGGGGGCAAAGGCAAGCCUUCGGCCGCGGCGGCCUCUCUGAAUUCUGAGUCGACGACGGGCCACUCCACGGCCAUCGUCGCGGUACAAGUGCAGCAGCCCUUGGAGGCAGUGCCCAUGGCGUUCGCGGUGACCAAUCUGUCGCCGAUGCCUUCUUCCACCAGAACCAAUCUGUCCGGGGAGGACGACGAGGGCAGCAGCGCCACCGCCACCGCCACCGCGCAGCCGGUGCACUAUGAUGAGCCUGUGGUGGUGGCGGCGGCUGUGGUGACAGGAGCAAACCCUUCUUCCACUGGGGCUAGGGCUGCUGGGCCCGUCAACCACCAGCUGGCUGCGGCGGCAGAUCAACAAGCUCCUGCUCCACAAGUCCACCUCCAGGCUGUGUCAGUGCCACCUCCAGCAGCGCAGGAAGCUCAGUUCGCCCAGCGGCCACUGCCGCCGCCAGCAGCUGCAGUCCAGCUCCAGCAAGGCGGCCAGCUCGUACCCCGCCCCGCUCAGCCACCGCGGGAGUACAGCUGCAAAGUGUGCGGCAAGACCUACUCGACGCACCAGGGGCUCGGUGGCCACGCCGCCGGGCACAGGAACAGGCAGAGGGAACAGGAAGCUAUGGCGGCGGCCGCGGGGAUGAUGAUGAUGCCGCACGGCGGCGGCGGCGAGUUCCUCGCUGCGCUCCGCCGCGGCCGCAAGGCAGAGGAGCCGCACGCGUGCCAGAAGUGCCACAAGGUGUUCGCCACCGGGGUCGCACUCGGUGGCCACAUGAGGAUGCACUACACUGGCCCGCCGAUCGUGCACAAGAGCAAGAAGAGGUGUGUGGCACUCGUUGCAGCAGUGCAGCCGGCUCCGCCGCCUGCCGUGAGCGAGGCCGACCUUAGGCUUGCGCUGUCCACUGCUAAAACUGAGGAGCCGUCGUCGUCGCCUGCACCGGCCGUGGCGGGCACCAGCAGACUGCGUCUCUUUGGCAUUGACAUCGGACCGCUCGGACAACAACAAGCGCCAUCAGAGCAACAAGGGUCCGGCACGAUGGAGGGUUCUUCGUCCGCCGGCGAGCAGCAGCAGCACAAGUAG